AUGGAGAACGCGGGGGUCGUGUCUCUUGGGAAAGCUGAUGCCUCUGCUCUGUUCCAGGCCCACCGGGAGCCCCGAGGUUCCCAAGCGUCCCUGGCCUCACAGGGCCUGGAGCAGAUGCCCACCUUUCCCUGCCCGGCCUUGAGGCCUUUGCCACGUGGCUCUUCCCUCUCCAGCGGGCUGGGCGUGACUGCAGUGCGCAGGCAUCCACGGCGCUGGCCGGCCACGUGGGGCGUGGGAGCCGUCUUUGCCCCGGGGGCUCCCAGCUUAGAGGAGGAGGGGCUGCGACCAGGUGCCACGUCUCACCCCGUGGGUGGGACCACAGUGAGCGCUUGCCGAUCGCUGAUUCGUGGCCAGGCAGGCUUUGCCCUCCGGCUGAGAGGGCCACUGCUUGGUCUCCUGAGCCCUCUGUGGCUCCCCAGCGCCCUUGGCUCUGGUCCAAGGCCCCUGGCCUGGUGCUCUGGGCACUCACCACCCUUCCUUCCUGGCUUCCAUGCGCCCCAGUCUCCUGCCACCCUGGGCCUUUGCCCCUCUGCCGGGAGCGCUGGCUUCCUUCCUUGCUUCCCGCUGCCUGUCCCGCACGCCUUCCAUACCCAGCUCAAAUGUCAGCCUCCAUGCCACCUUCCCACCUUCCCAGGGGCUCGUUUUUCCCUCCUCCGUGUCACCAUCUGUCUUGCCGACGUCCCACCUCUGGAACCUGACUCAGCUGCCUCUCCACGAGGCCCCUCCCCCGAGAGACCCCUGGUUGACCAGCGCUGGAGGUGGGGCUGUCACAGGCCGAUGGAAGGGGACAGAGUGACCCACCGGGACGAGCCUGGGUCCCGGAAUCACCACCUGGAGGCCCUGCUGAACACCCACCUGAGCCGUUACGUGAGCUGGAAGGAAAACGUGGAUUGUGUGAUACGGCAGCCGCCUCUCCUAACGGAUUCCCACCUCCAGGGCCGCCCCAAGGGCUUGGUGGGGGGGUGGUGUCAGAGCUCCGAGGGCCCCCGCAAGCAGGGGUGGGGUGACCCACAGGCACUGCGACUUGUGGGGACACUUCUGCAACACUGUCACUCGCACACAUUAUUAAUAUUUUUUCUCGCUAAGGCUACUUCCUCUUGUGUUUUAUAA